AGGUCGCACAAAAAUGUGCGUUUGGGAUCGUGUGACUUCAAAGGUCCAAGCAGUAGAAUUAUCGAUGAUCUGACUUUAAUUUCCUUAUUUAGGGUUCGCCGAAAUUGUCGUUUUACUUUACUGAGAGGGAUAUUCAUCACCUAACUUGUUCCAUAUCAAGGACAUGGAAUCAUAUUCAAUAGAAAAACUGAGAAAGAAGAUCAGGACACAUUAUGGAAGAAAGAUUUUAUGUCUGUCACUUCACAGUUUGUUUGUAUUGCCUGCAGCUGUGGUGGAAUUAACUGAGUUGGAGGAACUUGACCUGUCAUGGACUAAACUUAAAACAAUACCUGAAAAUUUUGGACAAUUGAGUAACCUUACCAGACUUUAUGUGGAAGGAAACCAAUUGUCCAUAUUCCCCACAAGUUUGACGGAGCUGAAGAAACUCAAAGAGCUGGACAUCUCACAUAAUAAACUAACCACCAUCCCUGAUGGUAUUGGUAAGAUGAUGGAACUGGAGAGAUUGGUGCUGAGUUACAACCAGUUGACUGUGUUGAGUCCAGCUAUAAAACAGCUGAAUAAACUCAAAGAGCUGUACAUUUCAGAUAACAAACUAACCACCAUCUCUGAUGCUAUUGGCGAGAUGGUGGAACUGGAGGGACUGGAUAUGAGUUACAACCAGUUGACUGUGUUGAGUCCAGCUAUAACUCAGCUGAAGAAACUCAAGGAAUUGCAUGUGAAAGGGAAUCCUUUUACAGUUGAAGGAAUGCGAAGUGUUAUGGAGCUAAAGGAUAAGAUUUACAGCAUAACCUCAGAUAUCCCAGUAAUGGCACAAGGACCAGCAGCACAGCAAGCUUAUGAAGAGGCUUUGAAAGAUGGAUAUGUCACAGUUUAUCGUGGUCGUAUUUUACUGGUUGGUCAGGAUCGUGCUGGUAAAACCAGUUUGAAGAAGAGUCUUUUAGGCCUUCCAUUUGACCCUAAAGAACAGAGUACUGAGGGGAUUGAAGUUGAUCCUUCAAGGUGUGAAAUUGAUGUUAACCAAGCUGUAAAGAACUGGCAGUUUACCAGGGAGAGUAAACCAGGACUGUUGGAAUGUUCAAAAGAUGUUGCAAAGAUUGUGGCUAACAGAAUGUGCAGAGAACAUAUUUCUCAAAAAAAAUUUUCGAAGGAAGACAAUUUAAUUUAUGGAGGAAAACUGGAUUCAAGAGAUGAAGGUGGAGAUGUUUUCAAGUCAGAGCAGGUUGAGGAUAAAGAAGGUUUCACAGAUGUUCUGCAAAACAGUGGAAGUAAUCAUUCUACUACUGAAUGCAAAGAUGAAAACUUAAUACAAGCUGAGCCUGAUGUGAUGAUUGAUGUUGCUCAACCUCCUGAUACUGCAAAGCAUGUUGAUCAGUGGUUAAAGUAUGCCAAAGGCAAACCCAUCAAAAGUGCUUUAUUCACAGAGGAAUCCUAUGUUACAAUGGAUAUUUGGGACUUUGCAGGGCAGCACCUGUACUAUGCCAGCCAUCCUAUCUUCUUAUCACAGCGAGCACUGUACAUAUUGGUGCACAAUCUAAGCAAACCUUUGGAUGCCCCAGCUGAGCCCUGUGUGAGGCAAGGAUGUAAUGAUGUGAAAUUGGCAAACCGUAACAAUGAAACAAACAUGGAGAAUUUGUUAUCAUGGCUGGCUACAGUGCAUAGUGUUGCCCAAGCAACUGAUGACACAGAUGAUGAUGCUCAACAGAAGCUGCCUUAUCUCCGUCCGCCAGUGUUCAUUGUUGGCACACAUGCUGACAAACCAGUUGAAGACAUAGCAGUGAUAAAGAAAAAAAUACAGGAGAGAAUUUCUGGUAUGGAAUACGAAAAGCAUGUCAUCAGACCCUUAUUGUGCAUUGACAACACAAAGAGACCAAGUUUGAUCAACAAAUUUAUCCAGAAGAGUCGAAAGCAGAGAGGAAAACAUAAAACGGAGCAAGAAGGAAAAGCAGAUGGAAUAAUUGAAUUGCAGAACAAAAUCAUGGAGGUCUUGGGCCAGGAGCCUUAUAUGGGGGAGAAAAUACCAGUCAGAUGGUUUUUGUUUGAAAAGGUGAUUGAAGCUUUGGUGGCUAAACAGGUGUAUCACAGAAAUCUACUACAACUCAAGCAUUAUGCCAGGGAGAAGUGUUUUAUGAGGAAUUCAGAUGAGUUUGACUCCAUGAUAAGUUUUUACCAUGGCCUUGGGAUGAUAAUUAAGCACCGCAGUACAGUUGUACUGAAAGCUCAAUGGUUGAUUGAUCUGUUCAAGCAGCUGAUAACCAUUCCACCUUUUAAUAAAGUGAGUCCUAAGGAUGCUAAGUACUGGCAGGAAUUAGAAGGAAGUGGUAUCCUUAGCAUGGAACACGUUGAUCAUGUGUUCUCCAGUUUUAUUAAGCAAGGGAUCAUCAAAGAAGACAUCUUAGACAUGAUGGAGCGAUUUGGUUUAAUCGCCAAGUUUUCAGUUUCCCCACCUGAUGUGAAAUAUUUUGUGCCAGCUCAACUGAAGUGUCCACCUGACAAACUAUUUGAAAUGAAACCUUCAUCAACUGAUCCGUGUCCAUUGUAUUUCCUCUUUGUCCAUGGCUUUGUUCCUCACGGUCUCUUCUUACAGCUUGUCUCGCGAUCCAUUCGUUGGUGUGCUAAGAAAUGGCCUGUGCAUCAGCCUACUUUGUACCAAAAUGGAGCAUGUUUCAUCAUUGGGAAAGAUAUUCAUGAUUUCGUCCUCAUUUGCCAAACAGGAUUUGUGAAGGUAAUCUUGAGAGAAAAGAAGCAAAGUCAUCAGGUUGUAGGACAGGACACAGCUGAACUAGCAACUGUUGUUCGUGAAUUUCUUAAAGAUACCCUACAGAAACUGUCGCAAGAACUUCCCUACCUGAGGGGUCUGGAGUAUAGGCUGUGUGUUGCUUGUCCGUACUGUUAUCAAGUGAAAGAGGAACCACUUCGAGCAUGCUCAGACCACAUGAAAACCGCUUGCACACACGAGGACUGCUUCCACCUCAUUGAUGCAAAUGAAGGCAAACCGGCAAUCUGUACGAGAGAACUUUGGGAUGAAGUACGUACCUUCUGUGGGCUGGAAAAGUGGUUCGUUAGAAGAAAAGGCCAGGGGUCAUGGUCUUCAAAUGUCACGGCUAGAUCACAAUGUGAAGCAGCUGAAAUUAUAUCACUGAAGGUGACCCUCCUGGGCAGUGAAUGGAGUUCGUCAAUGGGAGGCUUAUCCACCAUAAACAGACAACUUGCCAUUCUGAUGGCCAAACGCACGCAAGUGGACGUCACACUCCUAGUCCCACAGUUUGCCUGUUCCGAAGAGGACAAGAGAACUGCAAGAAGCCACAAUGUUUCCAUCAGAGAAGCAGAGAAACUUACAGGCUACAGUGACCCUCUUGACUGGUUGAGUUUCCCACCAAGAGACCUUGUCAUUGACUUUGUACUGGGUCAUGGUGCUAAACUUGGUAAACAAGCCCAAGUUAUCAAAAAGUCGCACAGUUGUAAGUGGAUUCAGGUAGUGCACACCGCACCUGAAGAACUUGGAAUGCACAAGAACUAUCCUAGGGCCAUUUGUAAAGGUGAAGAGAAGAAUUCAACGGAAGUGGAGUUGUGUAAGUUGGCAGAUGCUGUUAUAGCUGUUGGACCAAAGUUAACAGACGCUUUCGUCGCUCAGCUUCGCUCAUGCAAGAGUCACGAAGACAUCCUUCAACUGACUCCUGGAACUUUCUGCGAGUUUUCUGACGUAGAACAAGCCCCAAAGGAGAGUAAAAAGUUUAAGGUACUGACGUUUGGCCGUGGUGAUCCAGAGGACUUUAGCCUUAAAGGCUACGAUAUCUCUGCCAGAGCAAUAGUGGAACUGAAAGAUAGAUCUUACCACCUGAUCUUCGUGGGUGCACCUGACGGUAAACAGGAGGAGGUUGCAACGAAUUUGCUCAAGAGUGGAGUUGAUAAAAACCAGCUGACAGUGAGGAAGUUCGUACAGAGUAAAGAGAGAUUGAAAGAUUUGUUUUGUGAAGUUGAUCUCUGCAUGAUGCCCUCCAGAACAGAAGGUUUUGGUUUGACAGCAUUAGAAGCUUUGUCUGCUGGUCUUCCCAUUCUUGUCAGUGGCAACUCAGGAUUUGGUGAAGCAAUGUGCACUGUACCAUCAGGCAAAUCAUUUGUGGUGGAGGGUGAGGAUCCUAAGGAGUGGGCAAAGGCCAUUGCUGGUGUCCGAGAGAAGGAAAGAUCAGACCGACUUCAUGAGAUUCAGAAACUGAAGACUUCCUAUGAAGAGAUGUACAGCUGGGAGAAGCAGUGUGACAUUCUUGUGGGGAAGAUGUGGGACAUAGUUCAUGCUUCUAAAAGACGAGACACAAUUUUCAGAUCUCACGAGGCCGAAGAUGUUGACACAUCAACCGAACAACGAACACUUGAUUCAUUACUGACUCCAAGUUCUCCUGAUCGAAUCAUCCAGAAACUUCAGCAGAUGCAACUUGAUGCAACCAAAGUUAAGAGCAGAACAGAUCUAUUAUUGGGGCUGAGGAAGAUUGCAUCAGACAAGGGCUUCAGAAUAUCUGACAAUCAAGGAUCAGGAAAUUGCAUGUUCUAUGCAUUGUCAGAACAAUUGGAAAUUGUUAAAGGAAUCAAAAUCCCACCUGGCAAAUUAAGACAAACCUUGAUCCAGUACCUCAGGAGUAACCCAAAACUACCGGAUGGAACAGAUCUGUUUCAUUUUGUCCAUGGACAUCAAACAUGGACAGAAUACUUAACACACAUGGAACAAGUUGGCGCUUGGGGUGAUCACGUGAUUCUGUGUGCCGCAGCAAACUACUAUGAAACGUGUAUUUGUUUGGUCAGCAGUCUGCCCCAUAGAAAUGAUGUAAUCAUUACGCCACAUUGUCCAGUUGGCGAAAGCAAAGCGCUUGUACUGGGACAUAUUCAGGAGGUGCACUAUGUCAGCCUUCAACCCGCUCAAGGUUAAAAGACAGGCUAUCUACACAGUCAUUAUGCUCGGUUCAGAUCUCUGUAGAAAAAAGAAAAACCAGCCAAAUGAAGGUGUGGCUAAGAGUUUACCGUGGACCUACAAGAGAAAYAAAGUCUUUCAGAAUUGAAAGUUUUUCUUUCGAUACAAUGACUAGAUGUCACGGUGUGCAUAAUUCUCUAAAAACUGAAGGGCAUCAAGAUAAGAUAAUUUACCGCAAAUGAUUUCGUUGCGUUACUGAAAGCACAACAGGAAAUUUUAAUUAAGGUGCGGUUUAGAGUGGAGAAGGACAGUGCAUUUUACUCGAAAUAUUUUUGUUAUCCAAGAAGAGCGAUGAAGCAUUUGUAAAUAAAAAUCAAUCUCUUAAAGU